CGCUUCUUUUAUUGAACACACUUUAAUUGUAUGACAACAAUACUACAAUGGCGUGCUUGCAAAGCCCGAUGGGCUCUUGGCUAUUAAUUAUACUCUGAGAGGAAGCAAAAAGUCUUAAGAGAUAGAGUUGGUACUUCACAGGAGCUGAGUUCAAGUGGGAUGGAAACGAAACAUCUUGAAUAUGUGUUGGUUCCGCUUGGUUUUGCGGUGCUGGUGAGCUACCAUCUUUGGUUGGCAGUCACCAUUUACUGGAGACCGAAAAGAACAGUCAUUGGAAUCAACGCCGAAUCCCGCCGGCAAUGGGUUUCCACCAUGAUUUCAGAUCCCAUGAAGAAUGGUGUUCUUGCAGUCCAAAUCAUACGAAACAACAUAAUGGCUUCCACGCUCAUGGCCACGACAACCAUCACCAUUGGCUCGUUGCUUAGUGCUUUUGUAAGCAGCACAUCAAGUACUGGAAAGUACCAUUACAUUGUACUGUGUUUCCUCGUUGCAUUUCUUUGCAAUGUGCAGUCUAUUCGAUACUAUGCUCAUGCCAGCUUCUUAGUCACUUUGCCUGCUGGUGAAGGCAGAAUGGAUUAUUUUGCUGGAAUCUUGAACCGGGGAAGCUUAUUUUGGUCACUCGGACUGCGAGCUUUCUAUUUUGCAAUUCCUCUCUUCCUCUGGAUCUUUGGACCUCUUUCAAUGUUCUUGAGUUCCUGCCUUAUAACAUUUGUGCUUUACUUCUUGGACUUUACUCGAACUUCCAGCUAUGAUCCUUAUGAAUAUCUGCAAAAGGAAGAAGUGAACAACAAUGACAUUGAAUCUGUUGGUCAAUCAAGGGGAAACAACAUCGCCGUAAGCUCCCGCCUUCACUCUCCUCUACUUGCAGCAGGUUACAGUAUGACCUCCAAUUGCAAUGAUUCUGCAGAUCAAAACUGAAAAACAUUUUGUUAAACCGUACUCUUUUAAGCUAUUGCUAUUGUUGAGAAUCGAGUUUGGGAAGAGAAUGGAUACACAUUUCCUAUGUUUAGAGUCCGUAGGCAUUGUCUGAAUGUGUGCUAACUGUUUAAACUUUCCUCUCCCUAAACUCGGUUAAGCUGCUAUUUCCUCUCCCUUUGAUCGAGACUUGAAAAAGACAUUCCUGGCUUAACUCAAAAAUAGGUCGCUCGUUUGCUCCUAUGGCAGGUAGGCAGCCAGUUGGAAUGGAGUUUGAAACUAUGGCUGAGAUAAUUUUCUUUGAUCUCUUCUUACUUGGGGGUAAUUAGCAGUGUUUAUUACACACAAAACAACCAUUUCCCCUUAAAAAAAUAUUCAAAUUUCGAACCGACACCCUUUCUUUGACUAUCCGAGUUUACCGUAACCAGUGAUUUGAUCUCUCUCUUGUCCUUAUAUCUCAAGAGAGGACUGCUCUUUCGUCUUGACUUCCUUACUUCAGGAUCAUUCAUCUUUGCUUACAGUCGAUCUCGGUCUCGGAGCGGUCAGAAGAGUCGGAGGGGGAGCUGCCACUGGUUUCCAAAUUCUCAACCGGUCUCGAACAACGAAUGACUUGGGAGUAUAUAUGUUUUGAGUUAUGUAUGGAUGUUUUAUCCUAUGAAAUGUUAUGUAAACCAUGGUUGAUAUCGA